ACCAUUCAUGCGUUCUGGGCUAGCUCCAGCGUGACAUGCAAGUGCAAGCAUAGAAAUGUUUCAAGUGCACGCGCUUUCCCGGACCGCUGGUGCCCGCCCGCUGACACGGCCAGUCCAGCUUAAAUGUAAUACUAAGUCAUUUACUAUCAGGCGUGCACCCCUGCAAGUCCACGCAACGCAGGGUGCCAGCGCCUCCUCCAAGCCGGCCAAGGACCCAGCGGAGGUGCGGUCGGACCUGAUCAAGGGCUGCAAGACCGUCAUGAUGGAGCUGCAGGGUCUGGACUUCCCGCGCAAUGACGUUAAGGGCUAUUUCAAGUUUGUGGUCAAGCCGCCUGUGGGCGUGGCCAAGGAUUUUGACCUCAGCCGCGCGCGGGUUGUUGUGGACCAGCUGAUGACGGGCCAGGAGGCGGACAUCAACGACGUGGAGGGACUCAAGGCGGCUCAGCUCAUCCUCAGUGACGUGUGGCGCUGGCGGCGGCGCGGCGGCGGCAUGGACGACGAGACGGACCGGCCCAACUACGCCAUUGCACUGGAGUCGCUUCAGAACAUGGAGCCCGAGCAGAUCGACCGCAUCACCUCCUCGCUGCUGGACAACCUGCCGAUCACGGAGGCGGAGAAGCGCCAGAUGAGCGGCUCCGUGCAGCAGGUGGCCAUGGCUGGUAUCAACGGCGCAGUGUGGGGCAGUCUGGCGGCGUGCCUGCUGUUCCUACUCAUCUUCAACUUCGCGCGCGGCGGGUAAGGCGGCGUGGUGGUGUUAAGACAGAGUCGCUGGCGCCCGGACUCUUAUUGGGCUGAACGCGCGGGUGAUAAGCAAAUGUUUGUGCAGGACGCGUAGGGCAGGUGAUUCUAUGUACUUCAACCUCGAAAUUUGAUGUGCGGGGCAGAUAAGGAACCAAAACGAGUAAACGUGUAUGUGCUAAGUUUGUGGUGGUCACCCUGUAUGUUGGAUAUCGGUUUGAUCGGGUAUUUGUGGUUGCUAUGGGUCAUUAUGAAGUGCAGAGUGAGCGGACUGCAGGGCGCGCAGAGUGCUGGGCCGGAGCAGGGGCUUUCCUCAGGCAUGGGUCGGGUGCAGAGCUUGACACGUGGUGGGCUGUCUCAGGGGUGUCCCCGCACUGUAGGAGGCCGUCGUGGAUGCUAAUGCUGACUGGGAUGUGCAUCUCGCGUAGCACCGCGCCAUGGUUGGGCCCGUCUGUAAGCAAAGCUGUGG